AUGGCCAGUUUUUCCAGUAAAAGGACCAUAGUCAUUGCGGUGGACUUUGGUACCACCUACUCUGGGAUAGCCUGGGCUCAAAUUAGUAACCCUGAUAAUCACCACAUAAUCACAGAAUGGCCGCAAUAUGGCUCUGACUCAUGUGGUGGAUUGACCAGCGAAAAAGUACCCAGCGAAGUCAGUGGUUCAAAACUCGAUCUUGUUCCUGAUCUUGAUCUUGAAGGAUUAAGAUCGUCUUCGACACACAGUUAUUGCCGCCGAGUGCCUAUUCCCUCUUCUUCAUCACCCGAGAAGGUCAUUACCGACUACCUUCGUUCCCUACGUGAACAUGCAGUUAGAAUUUUGAACUUGAGACUUGGUAGUUCAGUGGACAGUACGAACCUCGAAUUCGUCAUCACAGUCCCAGCAAUGUGGCCAGAUAAAGCGAAAAUGUCAACGCUCUCUUGCGCAGAAAAAGCGGGCUUUGGAGACAUGUCCACGAUACACAUUAUAUCGGAGCCAGAAGCUGCUGCCAUACAUUCGCUACGUGCUCCUGGACACCCUUUGGCGGAUAUUGGAGAUACGUUCGUCCUCUGUGAUGCUGGUGGCGGCACAGUAGAUCUUAUUACGUUCAUGAUCACUGGGCUUGAACCCAAUCUGCGUCUAAGAGAAGAAGCACCGGGUACUGGAUCCAUGUGUGGCAGCACUUUCCUCAACAGGAGUUUCGAAAAGUUGCUGGACGAACGCCUCUCCCACCUCCCGGGAUGGGGAAGGGACACGCUAGACGAGGCAAUGCAGCGAUUUGAAAGUGUCGUGAAAAGGAUAUUCGACGGAAGCACUGAUCACGACUUUAUGUUUCCUGUGCCAGGUAUAGCAGAUAACCAGGAACUCGGGGUCCGUCGCGGCCGAAUUCGCGUUACUGGAAAAGAGAUGCGGAAGCUGUUCCUGCCUUCUAUACGCGAUAUUGAGAAACUUGUCCGUGAGCAGAUCCAGACCUCUUCUGCGGAGGUAAAAGCAGUUCUUUUAGUCGGAGGAUUUGGACAGAGUCCAUACCUUCGCCAACAUCUUCGUGACUGCUUCUCUCCGGGCGUGCAAAUGAUAGCACCAGUCGACGGCUGGACUGCUGUCGCCAGGGGCGCAUUGGCAAAGACUCUUGGGGGGACAAUUAAGAUGACCAAAUUCAUUCAUGGGGUGCAUGAUGAGAAGAAGAAAUACUGGUGUUACUUUCAUGGUGGGGAGUAUAUUGAUGUCAUGAGAUGGUUUGUUCGCAAGGGGGAUGACAUGGAAGAAGCGAAGGCCAUCAAAACAACACGGACUAAACGUAGACGGGUCAAGGAUGGCGCUUUCGACUCAAUUCGUAUCAGCCUAUACAAAGUGGAUACUGCUAUAGGUGAAAAGCCACUGUAUUUUAAUCGCCACGUGAAGCAACAUGCCACAUUGAACCCAAGUCUCGGGGUUAUUGAAAAGGAACGCAUUCCAAUUAAACGCGGUGCAGACAAUGAGCUAUACUACGUCGUCCGAUACGAAAUCCACGCGGUGUACUAUUCCGCUCACUGUGUAUACACACUCUGGUAUGAAGGUCGCAACUAUGGGAGCGUCAAAGCCGACUACGUCUGAACGUUAAGCUUCUGGAUUUUUGGAUGGGAUCUGGUUUGAACAAUCGUCGUGACCAGAAAUAGCCACUCGUCUGCCAUGGUAUUUACAAGCAAGGCGGAAAAGGGAAGGGUUAACAUGCGUCUGAGCGUUGUCAUCUUGAUUCAAUUUGAAAGUGGAAGAUCGGAAUAGCUAUUGAGGCAGA